AACGAUUUGCUCUGUGUCUCCCCCUUUAGUCUGGAACGGAGAUUUUUUGGGCGGGGCUACUCACACAGUUUAGUAUGCAAAAGUAUGCAAAUCAUGGUACUGCCUACUUACGUGACUGCCCACUAGAAUUGUGGGUAAUUGUGGGUAAUGUGCACAUGCGCAGUAGCUUUACUGGCAUUAGAGGUUUAAGUAGUGUUAAAUCGAAGAGGUAAGACUAUAUGUAUUUAAUUUUGUUUAAUUAGGCAUAAGCAUUGUUAAUUGCAUAUAAUUUAAUAGUUUAGAAUUUUUAUAGAAUAUGUUCAAAUAAACAGAUUAUGUAGAUAUGCAAAAAGUUUAUGGCCAAAAAUUUUUAGAUAACAAUUAAAUUAUUAGCAAAAUCUAUACAGUAAUAACAAACAGAAAAAAAUAAAACGUAUAUUUUUAAUGUAAUUUAUGUACUUAAUAAUAAUCCAUAAAUUUGCGGAGUGUGGUUAUGCUUUUUAAAAAUCUUAAAACGGUGAAUGAAGUGCCUGAGGCCGAGAAUACUAGAUUGUAGUUUUUUUUACUGCGCUAUUGGUCCGUACACGCUACACAGGAAGAGAAAAAGAACUACAAUACCCAUCUCCAUUGCUUAUCCUGCUAAAAGGUGGAAGCCAAAGGCUAUCGGUCUAAUGAGCGCUGAGACGAGGAAAUGCACCUAAAUACCACAACAGAGUUAAAAAUGCCACGAAGGAUCAGUCCCCGUGCUGAUGCUGUGCAUUAUGCAACUACAAAGAGUGAUAAGACAUCAAAGCUUGAUGUGAAAUACAUCAGUCCAGAGAAAGGCCGUGGUGUCUUUGCACUAGCAUCAUUUUCUAGAGGCGAUUUUGUGGCUGAGUACAGAGGAGAAAUGAUUGAUUUCAAUGAAUCUCAAAGAAGAAGAAGAAUCUACCAUGAUAAAUGUGCUGUGUUUAUGUUUGACUUUAAAUGGAAAGGAAAAACAUGGUGCAUUGAUGCUGCAAAAGAAGAUGGAUCUUUUGGUAGGCUGGUUAAUGAUGACGACAAACAUCCAAAUUGCAAUAUGAAGAAGAUUGAAGUGGAUGGAAAACCCCAUCUUUGCCUGUUUGCUGUAACAGACAUCAAAGAAGGAGAUGAAAUUACUUACGAUUAUGGAGGAACAGACUGGCCUUGGCGUACAAAGGUUAUGAAGGACACUACUGAGCACAAUGUGCAUGAGAAGCAGCAGCAUGCUUUGCAGUCUACAACAGGGCUUGAUGAAAACACUGCCAUGGAUUCAUCUGUAACUGAGCAGGUUAUGAAGGACACUACUGAGCACAAUGUGCAUGAGAAGCAGCAGCAUGCUUUGCAGUCUGCAACUGGGCGAGAUGAAAACACUGCCAUGGAAUUAUCUGUAACUGAGCAGCAGUCUUUAUCAGAAGACUCUGAACAAGAUAUGCGCAUACCAAGGUUACGGAGGACCAAAAGUAUCAUUAGGAGAUGGAGUUAAAUAAUGAAGUGAUGAGCGAGGAGGGUGAAAACUGUGAAGAACACGAAGAUACACAGGCAAAUGUGUGUGCACCACCAUUAGACACUGAA